AUGCAUACAUACGUCUCUCUUUCUCUCUCUCUCUCUCUCUAUCUAUCUAUCUAUCUACGUCUAUAUCUAUCUAUCUAUCUAUCUUUCUCUCUCUGUCUCUGUCUCUCAAUUCUUCGACCUUCAUCAGUUUACAGCGUGGAUCUUUACUUCGACUCUGGCGUCUAUUGCUCAUCUUACUUUAAUCCCCAUUCUCUCAUCUUUCUUUCUUUCUUUCUUUCUUUCUUUCUUUCUUUCUUUCUGUCACAAUCUGUUCAUAUCUAUCUAUCUAUCUAUCUAUCUAUCUAUCUAUCUAUCUAUCUAUCUAUAUAUCUAUCUAUCUAUCACAAUCUCUAUCUGUCUGCCUGUCUCUGUUUCUAUCUAUCUAUCUAUCUAUCUAUCUAUCUAUCUAUCUAUCUAUCUAUCUAUCUAUCACAAUCUCUAGCUAUCUAUCUGUCUGUUUGUCUAUCUCUGUUUCUAUCUAUCUAUCUAUCUAUCUAUCUAUCUAUCUAUCUAUCUAUCUAUCUAUCUAUGUCUAUUAUCUACUGUCUUAAUCUAUCUAUCUAUCUAUCUAUCUAUCUAUCUAUCUAUCUAUCUAUCUAUUUGACUUCUGUCUGCCUGUCUAUCAAUCUAUCUCGUUACAUAUAUAACUAUAAUAAAACGCUCUAUCUAUCUAUCUAUCUAUCUAUCUAUCUAUCUAUCUAUCUAUCUAUCUAUCUAUUAUUAUUAUUAUUAUUAUUAUUAUUAUUAUUAUUAUUCAGCGAAAGAGAAAUGUCACAACAAAAUCAAGUUAUUUUCUCGCCAAUAAAAACAUGUUAUUCACUUUGGAUUAGGCGCCUACUUCAUUGUCGAUCCUUUAAACACAUUUUAUAUUCUUCUUCUUCUUCUUCUUCUUCUUCUUCUUCUUCUUCUUCUUCUUCUUCUUCUAUGGGUUAUGUCAAUUCAAUACGUGGGUGA